AUGGACCUGCCCCAUCCUCCUCGGGCAGUCCUCAACCCUUCCUCCUCCUCGGAACCCUCCUCGCCCUUUCCCUCCCGCCCACCUUCGCCCGUCUCGCCAGCGACUAAAACGCGAGUCUCGUACGCGUACCCUCCGACGCCCGAGAUCCACUCCCCUUCGUUGGGAGGGUCAGUCGGCUCGACUCCCGCGCAGUCGAGGAGCGGCUCGUUGUCGAAGAACCCGUUGUUGAAGCGUGCGCAUGGGCAGGGGCGAGUGGAAGAUCGUGGUGCGCUCAGGAGGUGGAUUGGACAUGCGCUGGGAGGGAAGAAGGACAGGGCGAGGUCGGAUGCGCUCGAGUUGGAGGAACAGCUGCGAGGGCGGUCGGCGGCGAGGAGGGGGUCAGUCAGUCAGACAGAGGCAGAAGUCGCACGUCGACCACGGUGGAAGUGGACGCGCGAACGGGCGCAGUUGGUCGUCGGAUUCGCCAUGAUUGCGCUCGUCGGGAUGAACGACUCGGCGACAGGCGCCAACCUCGACUCGAUGCAGGCGCACUACCGCGUCUCGUACGACGAGAUCUCGAUCGUCUUCCUCGCCAACACCGCAGGAUACUUCCUCUCGUCCAUAUCGGCCAGCUUCUUCCUCCACCACUUUGGACUCCAGGUCUCGCUCCUCACGGCCGCGGCCGCGAUGGCGACAGGCUGCGUCGUCCUCUCCAUCGCGCCGCCCUUUCCCGCGUUCAUCAUCAUGCUCGGCUUCAUGGGCUUCGGGUCGGGCAUGUACGACGCCGUCAUCACGACCGUCAUCGCGCACGAAGAAGACGGAGUCCUCAUGUCGCUCCUCUACUCGUGCUUCGGCGUCGGUGCAAUGAUCUCGCCGCUCGCGAUUGGCGCGUUCCUCGAUCGCGGGUAUGCGUGGAACAGGUAUUACAACAUUCCGCUUGGACUCGCGCUCAUCCUUGCCGCCAUUGGCUACUUUGUCUUCCGCGGCUACACCACCCCACCCGACGAGACGCACGACGCGCCCCUCUCGACCUCCCAAGCGCCCGCUCAGACCACCAACCCCACGGAGCAGCAGGGCGAAGUCAUCCAUGCUCGAGCGAGGAUGUCGGCGCAGCAGAGGAUGAGGCGUGCGAUGGGACUGAGAGCGGUCUGGAUCGGGUUCGUGUUGAUUAUCUGCGCCUUCGCCUCGUCCGACAUCCUCUCGGCCUGGAGCGUCUCCUUCCUCAUCACGACCCGCUCCGCCCCACCCGCCUCCUCCCGCUUCGUCCUCUCCGGCUUAUGGAUGGGAAUCGCAUCCGGCCGAGUCGUACUCGCAUGGUUACUCGCCAACCGCGUAGGGGAGAAGACCUUUGCGAUUGGGUUGCUCGUCGCCGCGAGUGGGAUGCUGGGCGUCAUGUAUGUCCGCAGUUUCGUGGUGGAUGCGGUUGCGCUGGCGAUGGUCGGAUUCUUCUUCGGACCUGUCACACCCAAGGUGUUGGAUGUGAUUGGCGUCCGCGUACCGCCGUCGCUCAAGGCGUCUGUCGUCUCGCUCCUCGUCGGCCUCGGCCUGAUCGGCUCCUCCGUCGGCCCCCUCCUCUUCGGCGUCGCAGCAGGCCGGGGCGGACUCUCCUCCCUCCCUGCGGUGCUGAUCGCAGUGAGCGUGCUGAGUAUCGCGGCGUGGUGUGCGGUGCCGAAGAACAGGCGCAGGGAGGAUUAG